CCCGGCUGGGGAUGGAGCUACUUGAAACGUGGGGUGGAAGAGCAGAACGGGGGUCUAAAGGGUUUCUACCCCAGCUCCUUCAGGGGCCCCCUAUGGAGACAGACCUAGAGUACCCAUCCAGAAGGAGUCUCUGGGGCUGAGCCUUGUUUGGCCGGGACUACAUUUCCCAUGGGGCCCUGCGCUCAGGCUGGUGACGCAACACUUGGCUCUCGGGAAAUCCAGACGUGUCGGGAGCCCGGGGCGAGGAUGGCCGACCAGCAGCAGCGAGUGUUCCUGCUGUCCUGCCCUGUUCAGCAUUAUGCCUGGGGGAAGAUGGGCUCCUCCAGUGAAGUAGCCCAGUUGCUGGCAAGCAGUGAUCCCUUGGUCCAGAUUCAAGAGGACAAGCCAUAUGCAGAGAUGUGGAUGGGCACCCACCCCCGUGGCGACGCUGUGAUCACUAACACUUGUAUCUCUGUGAAGACCCUGGGGCAGUGGAUCACCAGCAACUUGACUUCCUUGGGGAGCCGGGUCAAGGAAACCUACCAAGAUCUGCCUUUCCUCUUCAAAGUGCUGUCUGUCAAUACGGCCCUUUCCAUCCAGGCACAUCCCAAUAAGGAACUGGCAGCAAAGCUUCAUGCCCAGGCUCCGGAGCACUACCCAGAUAAAAACCAUAAGCCCGAGAUGGCCAUCGCCCUCACCCCUUUCCAGGCCUUAUGUGGCUUCCGGCCUGUCGAGGAAAUCGUGGGCUUUCUUCAGAAGGUACCAGAGCUCCGGUCUCUGAUUGGCAACGAGGCAGCAGCACAGCUGGAGCAGAGUGUAGGCCAGGACCCCCAGGCCGUCUCUUCUGCCCUUCGAGUUGGCUUCACCAAGAUGAUGAAGAGUGAAAAGGCUGCCUUUGAAGAACAGCUCCGUGUUUUGGUGAAGCGCAUCUCUCAGGAAGUGGCAGAAGGGAAAGACGUGACAGAGAGUAACGGGGAGCUCCUCCUGAAGCUUCAUGGACAGUACCCUGGUGACAUUGGCUGCUUCGUCAUCUACUUCCUGAACAUGGUGAGGCUAGAGCCAGGAGACGCCAUCUUCCUGGGGGCCAAUGAACCCCAUGCUUACCUGAAUGGAGACUGUGUGGAGUGUAUGGCAUGCUCAGACAACACAGUGCGGGCUGGCCUGACGCCCAAGUUCAUCGACGUGACCACCCUCUGUGACAUGCUCAACUACACUCCGGCCCCAAGCAGUUCAAAACUCUUUCCUCCCAUGGCUGAUGAAGAGGACCCUUAUGUCUCCAUCUACAAUCCACCUGUACCUGAAUUCAAGGUUUUACAGAUCAAGAUUCCUUCCACUGUCCAUUUCUACAUGGUUACCAACAUAGACUCAGCCAGCAUCCUACUGGUGGUGAAGGGGAAAGCCCAGGGUAACUCACUAGCCUCCAAGUCUGACAUCUUCUUGCAUCGUGGCAGCGUGGUCUUCAUCUCGGCCAACGAGUCUCUGUCACUGGAGCUCAGUCCGGCGGAGGACCUGCUCAUGUUCCGAGCCUGCUGUGCGCUCUAGUUGUCCUUUCCGAGCCCGCCUCGGCCUCGCCACAUGUAGCCCUGUGGUCUCCCGUCAGCCCCUGUGUUGUCUCUGAGAAGCUGCAAGAAAGUAGGCCCAUGUAUCCUGCCGGCGCUGUUCCUUCCCCGGCUCAUCUGCAAGAGCUAGGGAAGGAACCUGUGUCUAUGGGGUGGGGCAGCAGUCUGUCCAACAGCAGAAGAGGGAGCCCUAUGCUCUUUCUGAAGGUAUUUAAGCACAUGCUUAAAUGGUGACUGUCCCUCAAAGAUGCUGGACUGGGUGGCACUUUGGACUUAAGGCCCUUCCCCACUCUAAGGUUCUAGGACCUAACACCAGCCUUCCUGUUAACAUCCCUACCAGGAGUCCGUGACAUAAUGUGGCACAGGCACCCCUAUUGGAGACACCGGCCUAAUGUUCAGGGAAACUUGAGCAAGGCCUUUCCUCCCCACACCUGCCUCAGUUCCUUAUUCUGUAGUGAGGUGAGCGGUGAGCUGGGGGCAUGAGCCUCUCUCAAGCAGCCCAGUGAGGUGGGGAUGUAGUUUCCACAGAAGCGGUGUCUCCAGCACUGGACAUGAUGGCACAGGGAAGGGUGGUGGUCCAAGGCAGCUGAGACUGGCAUGCUCUAACACUUGUCUUCCUCCCUCCAACACUCCAGUGCUCUGCUUCUAGCCGGCUUCCAACAAGCAUCUGUUGAGUUGA